GGCGGAAAGAAACCAAGGACGGGGGCGCGGAGGGGCUGGGGAGGGGACAUCAGGCACCCCGGCUGUGUCACACACCUCGUGUGCCACCACGCCUGUGGGCUCACCUGUGAAUGCAGGUUUUCACGUCCCCAUUCUUCGGUGAACAUAUAAAGAGAAGAUGCGAUGUGCCUGCGUGGUCCCCAGGUGCCCACCGACACAGAGCGCUGCUCUCGGAGCUGUGACCUCCGCGAAACACCAGCUGCACCCGACAGCCCCGAAGUGCUGCACCUGAUUGUGAGUUAUCUGGAGCUCUCUCCCUCUGUAUCUCUGUCGUGUAGAUGAAGACGGAAACUUUUAUCCUCCAGAGCAAGAAAAGCCACCAUUUGCCCCAGAAGCGAAUCCUGAGGAGUGCUAAGAAAUGGUCAUACAAAUGUUUCUUUUAUUGCUCGCAGAUGGGCUUUGGAAGUUUGGGAAUCGUAAGGAGCAGGCACAAGCUGUAAAAAAUGGGGAAAGGUUUCCUAUUAUGAGCGCUGCACCCCGUCCCUUACGGUUAACCCUUGUCGUGCUGAGCGGCACCGUCACACAAGUAUUAACUUUCUGAACACGACGCCACAAAGGAAAAGCAAUCACCUGCCGUCAGAUGCUCUCCGGAUCACAGCUCCAGGCUACGGCUAGCAAGGGAUUACUCCUAACUAGCUCACGUAAUGAACGAGCGCAACGAGCAGCGGGCUUUGUACUUUUAAAACUGAUGACCUCGUGUUAUCCAAUUAGAUAAAUAAAAACAUGCGGCAGGAAAGUUGUAAGGUGAUGCAUGUUAACAUGUGUUCAAUAUUGUCAAAAUUUAUAAGUCUGACAGAAAGCAGAUUUGUGCAAAGCCCUUAUAAACCUCCAGCGCUAUAUUAAAAAGGGAACAGCGCAGGGCACUCUGACACAAAUGGUCUCUCACUGUAUGUGUGUAUUAUUGGUCCAAAUUAUUCACUCUUAUUUAACUGCAUUGAAGUCUUUCAUCUCCAUGCUAUACAAUAAUAGUUUCCAUAUGACCGGUGGCUCAGCUAUAAAUAAGAUCAAAAGCAAAAGAAAGGAUUUAAUAAAAAAAAAAAAAAAAAAGACAUUAGGAGUGGCAUUAAAUCAGGAAAACAGCAAAGUUCAAAAUUUUUUUUUUCUCCAGAAAAAAAAAAAAAAAAAGCAGUGCCGGAGCGCCGCGCAGCUCGCCAAGCGUCUUACGAAAGGGCUUUUUGCGAGCCAGUUGUAUGCAAACGCCGUUUCACCACAGCUCCGAGUGGCACAGCCCAAGUUCAACGUUAAAAAGGAGAAGGAGCAAACGAAGCGGACGAGCACCGCGUCCCGGGCCAGGCCGAGCGGUGGCACCAGCACCCCACCCGCGGUCCCCUGCCGCCCCCGGGAGCCCGGCGCGGCGCGGGGAAGUUUUGCUUGGCACGCCGCGCUCACUCGACGUGCGGGGCCAGCUUCCCGGACGGCUUUCCUUCCAGCGAGGCCUGCGGGCCGAUCGCCCUCUUCCAGGGCUCCGCGCCGUGCCCGAGCACCCAACGCGAGCGUGUCGCAGCUCUCAGAGCCAUCUGGGGGCUGCUCUCGCAGCCAGGCUCCCCGGGCUGUGCGCAGGCGCGCCGCUCUCCCACACGACGUGAGAGGCGAUUAUUCACUUAAGCACCGGCUAAAUCCGGAGAUAGAAAAGGGCCUGAAGUACGGGAUUAAGAAUAUUGACUCUUCUCCACUGACCCGCCGGCGAGGGAGCGGAGGAGACCACGCUGCAAGCGAGUCGCCCAGCUCGGGCACUUCAUCGCGGUUUGGCGGCACGUCCCACACCGGGGGGGCCAGCACCAGAAGCCCCCGCGGUGACCCACCGUCUGCUGCUCUCUGCCAGGCACCUGCUUUAGCGGUGACCUCAGCUCUUCGCCCCUGGAGGUGCAGCCAUUUCCCCGGCAGCUUUCUAAACAAAAGCCAGCUGCCGCCGGCCGGCUGGGGGCCGCGGAGCGGGGCCAGGAGCAGCAGCGCUGCCCAGGGCCGGCCACGCUCCGGUGCCGCUCGCACGCAGCCGGCGCGGGGCAAGCGGGCAGCCGGCGGCGGCGGGCCGAGCCCCAAACACCACGGUUCGAACAAUGAGCCUAAUUAGCUGCUGGGGAAUGAAUGAAGCCCUUGUGCCCGGGCGGCGUUUUCCAGAAAAAGGUGUCGCUUCAGUAUCGGUCAGCGGUUUCUCUCUCCCGGCCAGGACGAACUUUACGGCUCGAAAAUCGCUUAAAAAUACGAUAAAGGCCGUAAUUUGCGGGGCAGUCGGAAUGUCAGCCAAUUAGGCAGAAAAUGGCGCUAUAUAAAAACCUUACACUGGAGCCUGUUAUGUCAGAUUUUAUUCCAGUAAGGUCAUUCCGCCCCCUUUUUUUUUCAACGUACGUGAUACCUGUUAGCUAAAAAACACAGCAAGGCAAAAUAAACAACAGAUGCAACAGCUACAACGGCGCUAAGAAUCGAGAAGAUGAAAAGAUAAUAAGAAAAAAUAGCAAAAGCCAGAUUUUGCCUUUUAAACAAUGCCAAGUUGCUCGACUCUUUUUGUUUAUGUAUGAAUGACAUAACUGAAUUACUUCAUGAGCUGCUACUUUAAUUCCUAGGGGUGGAAAAUUCCGUAAGUUAAUUUAAUGUGGAUGUAAAAAAAAUAUACACGAACAUGCUCUCUUCCUGUGGGCCCUCAUGUGGAGCAUGCAGGCGAGCUGAUGGACUUCUAAGUACUGUCUUAAAAAUAACGUAUACCAGUUUGUGUUUUAUAAUGAUUUUAAUCAAUCCCUUCAUGCGCUGCUACAAAAGAAACAUGUGUCUGCUAAGAUUCCCGUGUAAAAGUUAGCGUUUAAACGCUGGUUGCUCCAAUUUAAUUUGAAAUGUUACAAUAAAAUCCCUACAAUCUGCAUAACCUCUGAAAUAACAGGAACUACCGAAAGGCAGGAAAUUCACAGUUAAAGCCGAAAAUAUAUGCUGAGCUCAUGCCCUUGAGAGCUGGAGAUGGGCAGCUCCUGCGAAAUCGACACAAACUCCAAGUUUUUAUCUCGACACGCGACUUCUGCCCUAAAGACCGUUACGGAGGCAUAAAUAUUAUGAGCAGCUUGAAAACAAAGCCUACAUCACCCGUAUCUCUAAGCAACUUCUGCCUCUUCGCAGCCAGUUCACAGAAGCUUCUUUAUGGGUGUCCAGGGUUGUUUUGUGCUUGCUUUACAAGCCCGGCGAGCGGGGGCUACCUUCGCUUUAAUUACCACGUUUUCAGUCCUGCAAACGCUCACGCGUGUGCUUAAUUUCAACGUCAUGAAUAGUCCCAACGGGACGACUCGUGGCAAUAAAGCUCAGCACACGUGUGUUUGCAGAACCGGGGCCCUUGUGGGACGGGAA